AUGAGGGUUUACCGUUGUUUCCAGCCCGACCCGGGCAUUGGUACUGCUGCGCUAGGUGCUUGUGAGGCUGCUGCUCUAGGUGCCAGUGCGUCUGUGCUCUCAGGUACUGGUGAGACUGCGCUCUCAGGUACUGCGUCGUCCUCGUCCUCCCUCACUUUCACACUUGACUCCGGAGCUUCUCGCUCCUUCUUUCGAGACCGCACUACCCUUACGCCGCUCGGCCGGCCGGUUGCGGUCUCCCUUGCUGACCCCUCUGGGGGUCCUGUCCUGUCUCACUUCUCCACUGUCCUCCCGUGUCCGGCUGCCCUUCGGGCACCCUGUCGGGUGGCUGCGUCGGGUCAGGUGCUUGCUGCUGCGUCCCGGUCAGGACCUUCCUGUGUCCCCUGUGUCGAGGGUCGCCUCCGGGCUACUCCUCACUCCUCCCACUUCCCCCCGACAGAGGCUCCCCUGCAGACGCUUCACAUGGAUGUGUGGGGCCCAGCCCCCGUCCGUGGGCAGGGUUACGAGCGCUACUUCCUGUUGGUGGUUGACGACUACUCGCGUUACCACAGUCCUCCCUUGCACAGCAAGGGUGCGGUCACUGAGGUGCUGAUCGACUGGAUCCGCGAGGCUCGUCUCCAGCUCAGGAAGAGCUUCGGCUCGGACUUUCCGUUCUGCGUCUGCACUCGGACAGAGGCGGGAGUUCUCUUCUCGCCUUCUGCGGGACUACUGUCGUGCACGGGGGGGAUCCGCCAGACCUUCACGCUUCCGGACUCACCACAGCAAAAUGGGAUUGCUUGUGAGCGCCGCAUUGGCAUGGUCAUGGAUGUCGCUCGUACGUCCAUGAUGCAUGCGGCUGCCCCCAUUUUCUGUGGCCGUUUGCGGGUGGCAGUUUUACCACCCCUCUCUCGUCGUGUCGUUUUCCUGUCCCAGGACGUCACGUUCGACGAAUCAGUCCCCUUCUACCGCCUCUUCCCCUACCGCACUCCUUCCCUCCCCCCUCCCCCGGACUUCCUUACGCCGUUGACCCGGUCGAGGUUACUGGUGACUCUGGUGCUGCUGCGGGUGCUGAGCCUGGGGGUGCUGACUCUGGGGGUGCUGUGCGCGGGGGUGCUGAGCCUGGGGGUGCUAACUGCUGGGGGUGCUGGGCCUGAGGGUGCUACUGCGGAGGGUGCAAAGCCUGGGGGGCUGGAGCCGGGGGGUGCUGUGCCUGGAGGUGCUGGGUCUGGGGAUGCUGGGUCGGGAGCUGCUGAGCCUGGGGGUGCUGAGCUGGGAGCUGCUGAGCCUGGGGAUGCUGCGUCUGGAGCUGCUGAGCCUGGGGUUUCUCCUGCUGCUGCGUCUCGCCGGGAGCCCCUCUCUCCACAGGAGCUGCGCGAGUGGUUCGCUCGCCGCUGGAGGCGUGCUGCUGAGUCUGGAGGUGCUGCUGGAGCUGGAGCUGGAGCUUCUUCGAACGUCGAGGCACCCCCAGAGUCAGCACCCCAGGCUCAGCACCCGCAGCAGGCACCAGAGUCACCAGUAACCUCGACCGGGUCAACGGCGUCUACCUGGGACAACAUGAGGGGGCAGAACCUGAGGUGGGAGGGGGUCUACCGGGGAGGAACGGCACAAGGAAGUCGGGGGAGGGGGGAGGGAAGGAGUGCGGUAGGGGAAGAGGCGGUAGAAGGGGACUGA